UUUGUAAAAGUCCUCCAUGAUGCUUGGAGCAGUUAAAAUGGAAGGACACGAACACACCGACUGGAGCACCUACUACGGAGAGCCCGAGUGUUACACCUCGGUUGGCAACAUGAACACGGGCCUGGGAAUGAACUCGAUGAAUACCUACAUGAGCAUGUCCGGCAUGAGCACCACUGCCAACAUGACGGCCAACUCCAUGAACAUGUCAUACGUCAACACGGGCAUGAGUCCCUCCAUGACCGGCAUGUCACCGGGCACCGGAGCCAUGAACGGCAUGGGCGCAGGCAUGACGGCCAUGAGCGCCGCCCUGAGCCCCAGUAUGAGCCCCAUGACCGCGCAGCCCGCGUCCAUGAACGCCUUGACAUCGUACACUAACAUGAACGCCAUGAGCCCCAUAUACGGACAGUCGAACAUCAACAGGUCCAGAGACCCUAAGACCUACCGCAGGAGCUACACGCACGCCAAGCCCCCGUAUUCCUACAUUUCCCUCAUCACCAUGGCCAUCCAGCAGUCUCCCAGUAAGAUGCUGACACUGGCCGAGAUCUACCAGUGGAUAAUGGACCUCUUCCCCUUUUACCGACAGAACCAGCAGCGCUGGCAGAACUCCAUUCGCCACUCUUUGUCGUUCAAUGACUGUUUCCUCAAAGUGCCCAGGUCUCCGGAUAAACCGGGGAAAGGCUCCUUUUGGACUCUCCACCCGGACUCCGGGAACAUGUUUGAGAACGGCUGCUACCUGAGGAGGCAGAAGCGCUUCAAGUGCGAGAAGAAGAUGACCGUAAAGGAUUCCGGCCGCAAGUCGGGAGACGGCGGCUCCUCCAACAGCAGCUCCGAGAGCUGCAACGGCAACGAGUCCCCGCACUCCAACUCCUCCUCCAGCGAGCACAAAAGGUCCCUGUCGGACAUGAAGACGAGUCAGGCCCUGAGCCCGGAGCACACCGCCGCCUCCCCGGUGACGCAGGGGCAGCACCUCAUGUCUCAGCAUCACUCGGUCCUCGCGCACGAAGCGCACCUGAAGCCGGAGCACCACUACUCCUUCAACCACCCGUUCUCCAUCAACAACCUCAUGUCAUCGGAGCAGCAGCAUCACAAAAUGGACCUAAAGACUUACGAGCAGGUGAUGCAUUACUCUGGCUACGGCUCCCCCAUGGCCGGAGCUCUUUCCAUGGGCUCCAUGGCGGGGAAAGCCGGCCUGGAUUCUUCAUCCAUACCUGACACAACUUACUACCAGGGCGUCUAUUCCAGGCCAAUCAUGAACUCCUCAUAAACUCUUGUCCCCCCCUCCGUCUAAUGUGGACUUUCUUCCCAUUCGAUUUGUACAUUUGUAAAAAAAAAAUAACAAAAAAAUAUAGACUUUGUGUACAAUAUGUAUUUCAGAUAUUUUUGACGUUUCCCACCGUUUUAGUUGUCGAGUUUGUUCGUAGCCUAAUUAUUUUGAGAGAGGAUGUUGAUAAUAAUAAUUAAAGUAAUGAUAAUGUGACGAGAUCUGUUCAGAAGUCGGCUUCAAGGUUGGACCCCAAAGACAAACAACAAGUUGCUGUAUAAUAGCCUACAUCUGCAUAACUGGAUUCCUAAAUGAAUUUAAAUGCCUCGCAAGGAUUUGUUCAAUCAUUUGUGUAAUUCCUAUUUAUGGCUUGUAUAUGUGUAUUCUUGUAGUGACAAGAACAGAAUCUAUAUUAAAGUGUUAUUGGUUU